GGUGUCCGGGGCUGCCUCCCCGCCUCCCGUGCGUAUCGCCGAGCCGGUUAUUUAAAUUGCAAAUAAAGUGGCUUGGCGCCCGCCCUACCGGGGAGAGGCAGCCCGGCUGUCGCACUGGCCAGCCGGCCGGGGGCUGUCCCGCGGGGCCGGCAGCGACGAGCCCAUGGCCGGGGCGGCGGCCCCGGUGCCCGGGGCUCUGCUCUGCGCCCUGCUCUGGGCGGCAGCGGCGGCGGGGGGCAGCCCCGCGCCCGGCACCUUCGGCCGCGUCUACCGGGGCACCGUGAACAUCAGCACGGAGCGGGUCUACGCCUUCGCCUACAGCAGCGAGCCCGGGCAGGUAGAUGCAGUGCGGGUAUACGUGAACAGCAACUCUGAGAACCUCCAAUACCCUGUCCUGUUUGUAGUUCGCCAACAGAAGGGAGUGCUGUCAUGGCAGGUCCCAUUAAUUUUUCGAGGCCUCUAUCAGAAGACCUACAAUUACCAAGAAGUGAGUCGGACCCUCUGUCCCUCUGAGCCAACAGCUGAAAUGGGACCCUCUGACCAGGUUAUAUUUGUGGACGUCGCUUCCAUGGCACCAUUUAAUAUUGCGUAUGAGCUGCUAGUCACCAGGCUGGAGAACUUCCAACUUGAGACCAACAAAGCCUUUAACUUCACUGCCAGCCCUUCCCAGCCCCAGUAUUUUCUGUACAAAUUUCCUCAGGAUGUUGAUUCAGUCAUUAUUAAAGUGGUGUCUGAUGCAGUCUACCCAUGCUCGGUUGUCUCCGUCCAGGAUAUUGUGUGCCCAGUGUAUGACCUGGACCAUAAUGUGGAGUUCAAUGGUGUUUACCAGUCUAUGACUAAGCAAGCAGCCAUAACCGUGCAGAGAAAAGACUUCCCAGGUGAGCAGUUCUUUGUUGUGUUCGUCAUCAAGCCGGAGGAUUAUGCCUGUGGGGGUUCUGUGCCUUCUUCCAUUCAUGGGAAUGUCAACCGUACCUGGAACCUGCAGCGAACAAAGAACCUUCAAGUGACGAUUGUGCCCUCCAUUAAAAAGUCUGUUUACGUCCAGGCUAUGUUCUUCAGCUUCCUGAGUUUCCUCUCCUUUUACCUGGGCUCAGUGGUUGUUGCUUUUGUGCACUACAUCAGGGUUCAGAGGAAGGCUUUGGCUGACAGAUUGAGUCCUGAGGACGGAUCUGGGAUUAUGACAUCUUCGCACCCCAUCACAGCCAGCACCCCUGAGGGAAGCAGCUAUGGUGCUAUUGACGAGUCAAGCUCCAGCGGUGGACGUCAGUUGUCUUCCCCUGAGCGUGGGCUGCCAGCUGGUUCUGACACAGACAGCUCUGUGGAGGAAGAGAGCGACUUUGACACCAUGCCAGAAAUCGAAAGUGAUAAGAACAUCAUCCGCACUAAGGUGUUCCUCUAUCUAUCAGACUUGUCCAGGAAGGACCGAAGGAUUGUUAGCAAAAAAUACAAAAUCUAUUUCUGGAAUAUCAUCACCAUUGCAGUGUUUUAUGCCUUGCCGGUCAUUCAGCUCGUCAUCACUUAUCAGACGGUAGUGAACGUGACGGGCAAUCAAGACAUUUGCUACUACAACUUUCUGUGCGCUCAUCCCCUUGGGGUGCUGAGUGCCUUCAACAACAUCCUCAGUAAUGUGGGCCACAUGCUGCUGGGCUUUCUAUUCCUUCUUAUUGUGUUGCGCAGGGACAUUCUCCACCGUCGGGCCAUGGAGAUGAAAGAUAUCUAUACCCUGGACUAUGGGAUCCCAAAGCAUUUUGGUCUCUUUUACGCUAUGGGCAUCGCUCUGAUGAUGGAAGGCGUGCUUAGUGCCUGUUAUCAUGUCUGCCCUAAUUACUCCAACUUCCAGUUUGAUACCUCCUUCAUGUACAUGAUCGCAGGACUGUGCAUGCUGAAGCUCUACCAGACCCGCCACCCAGACAUCAAUGCCAGCGCCUACUCUGCCUAUGCCUCGUUUGCUGUGGUGAUCUGUCUAGCCGUCCUUGGAGUGGUGUUUGGGAAAAAUGACAUGUGGUUUUGGGUCAUUUUCUCAAUUAUCCACGUUUUUGCCUCACUGGCUCUCAGCACCCAGAUCUACUACAUGGGCCGCUUCAAGAUUGACUUGGGGAUAUUUCGACGGGCAGUGAUGGUGCUGUACACGGACUGUAUCCAGCAGUGCAGUCGACCGAUGUACAUGGACAGGAUGGUGCUGCUCAUUGUUGGAAACCUGGUCAACUGGUCCUUUGCUAUAUUUGGGCUGGUGUAUCGGCCCAGAGACUUCGCCUCCUACAUACUGGGGAUCUUUAUCUGUAACUUGUUGCUGUAUCUGGCUUUCUACAUCAUCAUGAAGCUCCGCAGCUCUGAGAAGCUCCUGCCCAUCCCCAUGUUCUGCAUCAUGGCCACAGCAGUGGUGUGGGCAGCUGCCCUCUACUUCUUCUUCCAGACCCUCAGCAGCUGGGAGGAGACUCCAGCAGAGUCCCGGGAGAAGAACCGGCCGUGCAUCCUGCUGGGCUUCUUCGAUGACCAUGAUGUCUGGCACUUCCUCUCCGCGGCUGCCUUAUUCUUCUCCUUUCUGGUCCUGCUGACCCUGGAUGAUGACCUGGAUGUGGUGCGCAGGGACAAGAUCCCGGUGUUCUGAGUCCCCAGGGGACCAGGGGCGUCCCAAACCGCUCAAAGGCAUCGGGCCACUGGCGUCUGUGGGGAACGAGCCUACCUCAGUAGCCAACAACCCCCGUGGGAGCACGGGAGCUGGAUCCCACAGCAAGCGUGAAGGCGUGCUGCGGUAACUGGGGCAGGCCCAGGAGGGAAGACAACAUUUGCUCCUUUCCCCCCGCAUCCUCUGGGGCAGGCACGGCCCAGUGCUGAGGCCAGUGCACAGCCCUCUCUGGCUUGUAGGUGCAGCGGGUCCUGGAGCCAGUGAAGAGGGAAAAGCAGGAGGUGUCGGAGACCUUUGCUUCCUUCCUCCCUGCUGAUGUGCUCCGCUUCCUCUCCCAUGAGCAGGCUUGAGAGGUGCGGCGCAGCAUCAGCAGCCGGUGCUGUACCCCAGGCUGCUGCCCUUGGAGAGUCCCUGCAGCAGCACGGGGAGCGUCUGGUUCCUGUCCUGCAGCCGCCAAGGGAGCAAAGGACUCCAGGCUGAGGUGGCGGUGGGAGACUGUUCUUUUUUUGCUGGGGAGGCUCCUCCUGUAGCUGGUGGGAAGCCACGGCAACAAGAGACUGCAGUGUUGGAGGGAGAUGGCGGAGAGCUGCUGUGCCAGAGGCAGAACCCGCAGCUUGCUCUUGCAGCCGCUCCCACUUACUCGUAUCGAACAGCCUCACUUCUCCGGCAGCUCCGCCGCAGGCGCUCCGUGUGACGGUGCCCUUCGCAGCACCGGGAACGCCACCUCAAGCGACCCUCGGAGCGACGGUGCGGUGUAGCCGCAGCCCGGCACACGGGGCAGCUCCUUGGCAGCUCGGCUCCUGCUGCGCGGCCUUGCCGCGGGGGCGAGGCGGAAUGGGGGGGCUGCCCGGCACCCUCAGACUUUCUCCUGCCCCGGGCUUGCUUUGGGCAAACACGGCAGGGCCGGCUCCCUCUGGGGCUGGGAGUGUGGAGGCAGAUUUCGGGCAGUUGUGCUUGAGCUUUUUAGCUGAGGGUCUGGACCAAACUUUCCAACUUUCCUGCAUCUGAAAUAAGUUUUUAAAUGGUUUCUGCAUUCUUCCUGAAUUCUUAGCUGUUUAAAAAAAAACAAGAAUAAGGUGUGAAUUAUUUCAGGCCUUGCAUCUAAGAUGUGACCCGUUAUUGCUAAUUUUGAAUUAAAAAGUAUUCUUUGAGGCCUGCCGUCCUUAUUCUUGUCAUUGAACAUUUUUCCUUUGGUGUAUGUGCAUGUACCCAGUGAUGCAAAGGCUCUAUUCCACCUCUGCUCACCAAAGCAGACAACUAUAGUAAUUUUUACUUUAAGAAGUCUGUAUCUCCUAGAAAGGUUUUGCAUUAGCUCAUUUUUAUUUUUUUUCCAAGUUGGAGUUUAUCAAGACUGUCAAUAAAAUGAGUAUUCCUGGUUC